AUGAUUGCUGCCAGGAACCUACUAAAAGCAGGACUUCGUAAAUCCAUAGGAACAGGAGCUACCACGGCUGUGUGGAGUGAUGCUUGGAUCCCGGUUACCCCGCCAACACAAUUAGUUGGAAAAAAUGUCUUCAAGGAUCCAUAUCUACUGGUGUACCACUUGAUAGACCAGCACACAAAGGUAUGGAAAGAUGAAGUUCUUCACCAACUUUUCACGGCGGAAGAGGUUAAACGGAUACGAUGUGUCAAGCCGAGUCGCACCCCUCAGAUGGAUAAGUUUGUGUGGGCUUACACGAAAUCGGGGAUAUACACGGUUAAGACCGGCUACAAUCUUGCCUCUGAUCUCAAGGAAACCAGUGACUCGCCACAGGUCUUAGAACCAAGUGUCACAGCACUGAAAAGCAGAGUAUGGACAACAAAGACUACGCGAAAGAUUAAACACUUUAUGUGGCAAUCAAUCGCAGGCUGUCUUCCCGUCAAGAACAACCUGGUUGAACGACAUUUCGGGAUAGAUCGACUAUGCCCACGCUGUGACGCUGCUCCCGAAACACCUAAUCACUUGUUGUUUGAGUGCCCGGCGGCGCUACAAGUACGGAGCAUUUCUGAAUUCCCUUACGUUCUGGGUGACUUCCCGUGUGAUUCAUUGUAUAAAAAUGUUGAUCACCUCUUUUGGCGUGCGAAAGAAGCUAACAUACCGGAGAAGACGAUUGAGAGAUUUCCAUGGAUUAUGUGGUACCUGUGGAAAGCAAGAAACGAAAAAGUUUUUAACGAGAAAGACAUCCCACACUUGGACACAUUCCAACUCGCCUGCGCCGAAUCUGAAAACUGGACUGUGGCACAACUAGUCGACAAUCCCCUGGAAAAUGACGUUACCCCAAGCUCUGUUGCCCCAACAGAGCAAAUAAUAACGUUCCCACGAUGUCAAUCAGACGCGUCUUGGUGCCCCAACAGUUCCUUCUUCGGAAAGGGUUUUGUCAUAGAAAAUGAAAACGGAGAACGCAUAUGGGGAGCAUCGGCUGAGUUCCAGGUUUCCUCCCCACUUCAUGCAGAACUCACAGCUUUGACCUGGGCCAUGACGAUGGCGCUACAACGUGGAUUAUACAGUCUCUCUUUCGAGACAGAUUGUAUGCAACUUGUGAAGAUCAUUGAGGAUGAAGAGGAGUGGCCCACAAUGGCCUCUGAACUUGAAGUCUUUAAAUUCCUUCGCUCUUCUUUCUCUAUUUUUUCACUCAGUUUUAUCCCUUGUUUAUUGAAUGUUCGUGCUGACUCCCUCUCGAAAGGAGCACGUGCACGUGAUUGUUGUUUUUCUUAUGUAGACCACUCGAUCCCAAGUUGGUUAGUUCUUGAGACUAACCAGCUGAACUAA